UCCGGGCUCUUUUAGAAUAGAAUAUGAUACUUUUGGAGAACUGAAAGUUCCAAAUGACAAGUAUUAUGGUGCCCAAACGGUGAGAUCCACAAUGAACUUUAAGAUUGGCGGUGUGACAGAACGGAUGCCAGUCCAAGUAAUAAGAGCUUUUGGCAUCUUAAAACGAGCAGCGGCUGAAGUAAAUCAGGAUUAUGGUCUUGAUCCAAAGAUUGCCAAUGCCAUUAUGAAGGCAGCAGAUGAGGUAUCGGAAGGUAAAUUAAACGAUCAUUUUCCUUUGGUGGUGUGGCAAACUGGAUCUGGAACUCAGACCAACAUGAAUGUCAAUGAAGUCAUCAGCAACAGAGCCAUUGAGAUACUGGGAGGCAAACUGGGGAGCAAGGAUCCAGUGCAUCCAAAUGACCAUGUUAAUAAGAGCCAGAGCUCAAAUGACACAUUUCCAACGGCAAUGCAUAUUGCUGCUGCCCAGGAAGUUCAUGAAGUGUUGUUACCAGGGCUACAGAAGCUUCAUGAUGCCCUUGAUGCCAAGUCAAAAGCAUUUUCCAAAAUUAUUAAAAUUGGACGCACUCAUACUCAAGAUGCUGUUCCUCUGACCCUUGGGCAGGAAUUUAGCGGUUAUGUGCAGCAAGUCAAGUAUGGCAUCAUUAGGAUUAAAUCGGCCAUGCCAAGGGUUUAUGAGCUGGCAGCUGGUGGCACUGCGGUUGGCACCGGCCUAAACACAAGAAUUGGUUUUGCUGAGAAGGUGGCUGCUAAGGUGGCUGCGCUCACAGGGCUGCCUUUUGUUUCUGCUCCAAACAAAUUUGAAGCACUCGCAGCUCAUGAUGCUCUAGUGGAGCUGAGCGGGGCAAUGAACACGGUGGCUUGCAGCCUGAUGAAGAUAGCCAACGACAUCCGCUUCCUGGGUUCUGGACCACGCUGCGGUCUAGGGGAGAUAAUCUUGCCGGAAAAUGAACCUGGAAGCAGCAUUAUGCCAGGAAAAGUGAAUCCUACUCAGUGUGAGGCCAUGACCAUGGUGGCAGCUCAGGUGAUGGGAAAUAACGUUGCUGUUACAGUAGGAGGCAGCAAUGGCCACUUUGAGCUGAAUGUCUUCAAGCCUCUGAUUAUUAAAAAUGUACUGCAGUCUGCACAGCUCCUAGGAGAUGCUUGUGUUUCUUUUACUGACAACUGCGUGGUUGGAAUCCAAGCCAACACAGAGAGGAUCAGCAAACUACUGAGUGAGUCACUGAUGCUGGUGACAGCCCUGAAUCCUCACAUAGGUUAUGACAAGGCGGCCAAGAUUGCGAAAACUGCACAUAAAGAAGGGUCAACAUUAAAAGAAACAGCUAUCAAGCUUGGAUUUCUUACAGCAGAACAAUUUGAUCAGUGGGUAAAGCCAGAAGAUAUGUUAGGACCUAAGUAAUUUUAAUAAAGCUCACAGAA